GGCCGUAGGGACUUGGGCGCGGCGUGGCGGUGACUGAGCUGCGAGCCUGGCGGGCGUGCGCCGAGCCACGUGCCUCCCACCCCGGGCUCUUCACCCUGAUGCUGCACGGGUGCUGAGCCCGUCCGGGUCGGGACGAUGGUGAAGUAUUUCCUGGGCCAGAGCGUGCUCCGAAGUUCCUGGGACCAAGUGUUCGCUGCCUUCUGGCAACGGUACCCGAAUCCCUAUAGCAAACAUGUCUUAACGGAAGACAUAGUACACCGGGAGGUGACCCCUGACCAGAAGCUUCUGUCUCGGAGACUCCUGACCAAGACCAACAGGAUGCCACGUUGGGCAGAGCGACUUUUUCCUGCCAACGUUGCUCACUCGGUGUACAUCCUGGAGGACUCUAUUGUGGACCCACAGAACCAGACCAUGACCACCUUCACCUGGAACAUCAACCACGCCCGGCUGAUGGUGGUGGAGGAACGAUGUGUUUGUGUUUACUGUGUGAACUCUGACAACAGCGGCUGGACCGAAAUCCGUCGGGAAGCCUGGGUCUCCUCCAGCUUAUUUGGUGUCUCUCGAGCUGUCCAGGAAUUUGGCCUUGCCCGGUUCAAGAGCAAUGUGACCAAGACGAUGAAGGGCUUUGAGUACAUCUUGGCCAAGCUACAAGGGGAGGCUCCUUCCAGAACACUCGUUGAGACAGCCAAAGAGGCCAAAGAAAAAGCAAAGGAGACGGCACUGGCAGCUACAGAGAAGGCCAAGGACCUGGCCAACAAGGCCGCCACCAAGCAGCAGCAGCAGCUCUUGUAGCUGCUCCCUUCUUCUCCCUUCUCUUCACUGUACUUGAUUAUUAAAGAUGCGCCUCCA